AUGCCACACAAGGCACGCGUGCUCCUCGUCGGCGGCGGCGGCAUUGGCACCAUAGCCGCCCUUAACCUCGAGCACGGGGGCCUGGCCGAGGUCACAGCCGUGCUCCGUUCCAACUUCGACAUCGUCAGCCGCAAAGGCUUCUCCAUCAGCUCAUGCGACCACGGCACCUUGGAGAACUGGCGUCCCGCCCGAGUCUUGAACUCCGUUCCCAACACAUCAGACGCAAGCCCCGAGGAACGGUAUGACUACCUCGUUUGCUGCACCAAGAACGUCCCCGACGCCGGCUCGCCGCUCCCUGACAUCGUCGCCCCCGCCGUCACCCCCGGCCACACCGUCAUUGUCCUCAUCCAAAACGGGCUCAACAUCCAGCGGCCCUUCUUCGACCGCUUCCCCUCCAACGUCGUCCUCUCGGGUGUGAGCCGCGUCGACGCCCACGAGGUGUGCCCCGGCGUCGUCGAGCAGAAACAGCACGACCUGCUGCACAUUGGCGCCUUCCGGAACCCCCGCCUUGACGACGACGAGGAGCAGCAGGCCCGCGCUGCGCGGCGCUUUGUGGCGCUCUACGCCGCCGGAGGGGCGGCGACAUGUCUGCACGAGCCAGACGUCGACCUCGACCGCUGGCGCAAGCUCGUGUACAACGCCUCGUUCAACCCGAUCUGCGCCCUCACGGGCCUGAACGCUAGCGAGCUGCAGAUGACAGGCAAGACGAUGGACACGAUGGUCAUCCCGGCCAUGAGGGAGGUCCUCGCGGUGGCGACGGCGGCGGGCCACGAGAUUCCUGGGGACAUCGUGGAGAAGACCAUCCAGCUCAACCCCGUUGAGGAGAACAUCAAGCCCAGCAUGCAAGUCGACUUUGAGAAGGGCAACCUGAUUGAGCACGAAAACAUCCUCGGCGAAGUGGUCCGCGAAGCGCAGAGGCACAGCGUCGCCACGCCCAUCUUGACCGUCCUGUACGAACUAUGCUGCGCCCAUCAGUGGAGGUUCAAGAAGGACAGGGGCCUUGGGUGUUAG